AUGCCGAAAUUUCAACAUUUAAUUGUGGAUACUGCAGCAUUUGUGAAAAAUUUGCAGCUUCAGAACUAUGCCGAGAACUGCUAUACCGUACCAGGCGUUCUAGCUGAAAUCCGUAACAAUCGACAGAUUAAGGCCUUGGCUGUGCUUCCGUACAAUCUACAAGUGAAGAGCCCGGACCCAGAUGUGUUGGCGGAAGUAGUAGCGAUAGCAAAGAAAACUGGCGAUUAUGCUUCGCUUUCGCUGGUUGAUCUGCAAGUUAUUGCGCUAACGUACGAACUGGAAACAAUUCACGUAGGUCGUGAGCAUCUGCGUGAUGAACCGACGCCGGCCAUCACGGUAACUGCCGAUACAAAGCCAGCUGCUCUACAGGGUACGGAAUUGUUGAAGGGUUUUUAUGUUCCGUCGAAAAAGGGUGAAGAAAAUGAGGAACCGCACCAGGACAGAAAUAUUUCUGAGUCGUCACAAGAACACAAUGAAUCUGAGGAACAAGAGCAAUCUGAGUUAGUUUCUGCAACAGUUACGGAUGAACAAAAGGGAAGUGUCCUUGAUUCAGGAAACGAAGAGGAAGAUCCCGAUGAUGAAAUUUACGAAGAGGAUGAUGAUUUCGAGGAUGAGGAAGUAGAUGAAGAUGACGACGGUGACGACGGUGACGACGAUGACGAUGGUUGGAUAACGCCCAGCAACAUCAAACAGGUCAAGCGUGACAUGGGAAUGGAUCUGCACGAAGAGGCACCAACAACCGUAGCCUGCAUCACAACCGAUUAUGCUUUGCAAAAUGUGCUGAAACAGAUUGGCUUGCAGGUUGUAGCACUGGACGGUCGUAUCAUCAAGCAUGUGCGCACGUACAUAUUACGGUGUUAUUCCUGUUUUAAAACGACACCGGAUGCGACAAAGGUGUUCUGCCCGAAAUGUGGCAAUAAGACGUUGAAGAAGGUAGCCGUCAGCUUGGACAGUGAGGGUAAACAGAUUAUCCACAUCAACACUCGGCGGCCGCUGACGGCUAAGUACAAAAAUCGACCAGUGGCUAAGUUCGAUGGUGGGAAGUAUGCUACCAAUCCGCUGCUGUUCGAAGAUCAACCAUUGCCACAGCAACGCAUCUCGAGGAAGGCUCGUUCGAAGACAAACGCCCUUGGGGAUGAUUAUACGGCCGGUUACUCUCCGUUCGUGAUGAGGGAUGUGGAUUCGCGUUCGGCCGUACUGCGAGGAUCUUCGAAUCUGAAGCAGCGAAUGACCAACUAUGCAUAUGACAACAAACGUCGAGGGUAUAAGAAGUAG